AUGAAGCCUGUUAUUGUUGUUCAUGGUGGUGCUGGUACAAUAGUACAGGAGUAUGACAAAGAGUACCGUUCUGGAGUGAAGAGAGCAGCUCUCCGAGGUUACGAUAUAUUGAGACAAGGUGGAGAUGCAGUAACAGCAGUGGAAGAAGCUGUGGUGGUGCUGGAAGAUAAUCCAUGUUUCAAUGCAGGCCAUGGAUCUGUUUUGAAUGAAGAUGGAGAAGUUGAGAUGGAUGCUAUUAUCAUGGAUGGCAAGGAUUUAUCCUCGGGAGCUGUCUCUGCAGUCAAAUGUAUUGCUAACCCAGUAAAACUUGCUCGCCUUGUAAUGGAAAAGACUGAUCACCUGCUUUUAACAUGUAAAGGGGCAUCGCUGUUUGCUAAGUCGCAAGGCAUCCCAGAAAUUCCUGGUGAAGAACUCAUCACUGAGCGCUCAAGAGAAAGAUGGAAGAAAAAUCUAAAAUCUGGUUCAAUUCCAAAGUCAGUUGUAAGAGGUACAGGGACUGUUGGGGCUGUGGCUGUUGACAGCCAAGGAAAUGUGGCUUGUGCGACCUCUACUGGUGGAGUCAGUAAUAAAAUGGUUGGACGUGUUGGAGAUACACCAUGUAUAGGUAGCGGGGGCUAUGCAGAUAACAAUGUUGGUGCAGUUUCUACUACAGGAGUUGGGGAAAGCAUUAUGAAAGUAACACUAGCCAGACUUAUCCUGCAUUAUAUGGAGCAAGGUAUGUCUGUAGAGGAAGCUUCAGAUGCAGGUCUGAAUUACAUGAAAACUCGGGUAGAUGACACUGGUGGAGUUAUAGUUGUGAACAGUGUUGGUGAAUGGACAGCAAAAUUCUCUUCUAACCAAAUGUCAUGGGCUGCUGUUAAAGAUGAUAAUCUACAAUGUGGUAUUUAUCUUGGGGAAAACAUGAUCAACCCGAUUUCUGAAACUCUUUGA